AUGGUGUUAGCGUUCAUCUACGACUUCAUUGGUGGAGAAAUGGGAUCACCUGUACUAAAUUUGGCAGAUCAUUGUCGUGACGUGAAUAAUUGUCCUGAAGUAGGCAAUGAUAUUGAAUUUUGUCAAUCCCAAGGCAUCAAGGUCUUGAUCUCAAUGGGUGGGGCAGUUGGACCUUACCGUCAUCAGAAAUGGCGAAGUGAUACAUUGGCAUGGUGGAUGUGGAAUAAAUUUUUAGGUGGAACUGAUCGAACAUUGGGCCGUCCCUUUGGUGAAGUGAUUCUGGAUGGUAUUGAUUUUGAUGCUGAAGCUACAAAUGGAGAAGGUUAUGACAAGCUGGUGCAUGAAAUCCGAAAGUUAUUCAAAUUAUAUUAUCCACCCAGAAAUUUUAUGAUUACUGCAGCACCUCAAUGCCCUGAUCUGGAUUAUUAUAAAAAUAAUGCCAUGUAUAAUAUUUUACAUCCACGACAGCAAUACUCAGAUGCUUAUCCAGAUUUGAUUUUUAUACAAUUCUAUAAUAAUCUAUGCUCAGUUUCCCAAUUAGGGCAGGAUCAAACAGUUUUAUCUACUGGCUUCAAUUUUGACGUGUGGAAUAACUGGGCCGAACAGAAUACACAGGCGACUAAAAUAUAUCUUGGGAUACUUGGAAAUCAAGGUCAUCAUGACUCUGGUUAUUUGGAAUUUGAAAAGCUCGUCAAAAUACUUGAUCAAGUUCAUCAAUAUUCUCGAUUUGGAGGGGUGAUGAUUUGGGAUGCACUUCAUGCUUACACUAAUCCAGUGUUCAAUGGUGAUCAGUAUGGCCAAGCUAUUCUAAAAUACCUAGAUCAACUUACCAAACCUCCAUCAAUGAUUCGACUCGACGAGACUACUCCUUUAUUACUUCCAGUGAAUGAUCAAAACAAUAACAGUACUAAUAAUAAUAACAGCUAUAAUAAUGAUGAUGAUACCGGCAUUUCAAUGAUAACACCUUUCUCCUGUAAUCAGGGUCAAGGUUUUGUGUUACUCAACUCCAUUCUACUGCGUCAUCUACUGAAACAUUUUGCCUUGACAUCUCAUCAAUGGCGUCUAAUUGAUAAAUCUUUUACAAUGGAGGAUUUGGAUUCUUCUUUGAGAAUGGGAUCCUAUCUCUGUUUUGGUCCCUAUGAAAAUGAAGGAUACGGAUUAAAAUACAUUUACAACAAUACAUUAGCUUUAGUUGAUCCCCAUCAAUUGAAUCAAUUAUUGUCCUCCACAACAUCUAAAUUUAAAAGAGGGGCCUGCGAAGAUAUAAAAGAACAAACCAAUAGUAACAAUGAUAUCUAUGUCAAGGAUGAUCACUUGUUGAAUAUCAAAUUACCAGAAGACUUUAGUUCCAUCAUUCUACCUCAAUUGAUUGGUUAUGAAAAAGAUGAAAAUGGUAAUACAAUCCAUCCUGCUACAUUACGACAGAAACAUCAUCAUCUACAAAAGCAACAACAACAACAACAACAUCAUCAUAAUCAUCAGUUUAUUCCCACCCGAGAAGGAUGGCUACCAGUAUCACGUUUUAUAGGUAAUGAAUCAAACCGGGGAACUUUGGUAGACACUACAAAUAUUACUGCAGCAUCACUGGUACAGGUUAAUAGUAGCAAAUCAGAUCAAAGUCCUCUAACACAGGACUGUCAAGAGCAACGAAGCUGGGUACCGAAUUUACACAUGCAUCGACCUAGAUUUAAGCGAUGUCAUCCUCGUCAUACUAUCAUACUUGUCGAUCAGUAUUGUACCAACACAUCCACUACUACCAUAAAUGUAGCAUCACCGAAAGAAAAGAAAACAUCAUCGUCAGGAACAAUGAAAGGAAACAUCAUCACCGCUAUUGACACCACAGCAACACUAUCAACACUGAUUGAAAAAAAGGAUGAUCCAUCAACAAUCAUACCUAACUCCGAGGAAACGAUGGUGAUGGUGAAAAAGAAUAUACAAAAAGAAAAGAAAAUCAAACGUCCAUACAUCGAUAACAAACAACAACAGGGUUUGAAAAGAUAUAGUGUGAUUACAUCAGCGAGCACUUAUGCCGAUAUUUCAAAUGGAUCGAUGAUUCCUCGCCGUCCUCGGUCAUCAUCAUCAUCUAGUUGUACUUCUUCAGGUAACUCGAUGAUGAUUCGACAAAAAACAAAAGUCCACCAAAAAAGGAAGCAAACAAUAGGUAGUAGGAUCCCAGUACGCGCUCAAACAAUGAAAGUAUAA